GAGUUAGAAGAGCUAAGAGAGAAAUAUAUAGCCUGUACGGAGAGAACUAAUACUCAUAUUAAAUAAUCAAUUGAAGUCGGUAAGCUUAUGAAAUGGAAUCCUAAUCCUAUGCUAUGCUUCCUAGAUCACAUUUGCUCAGCGCUUUUUCGGCCUUUGGACAUUUAUCUCAUGAUUUAGGAACUGUCACUGGGAAUCUAUGAAACAUCUGAAACAUUUAAGUACUCCAGAGAUUUUAUGAGUUACAGAAAUCAAAUUAUGUCGUAAACUAUGCAUCAUUUUCUUAGUGUACUGAAAACUGUAAAGCAUUUCUCUUCUUUUUCUAUUCUAACUUCUUUAAGUUUUAUAUCUUUGAUGUAUUUCUAUGAUUUUUUCAAUAAUGAUUAGAUGGCACUUAACUGGUAACCCGUAAUUCUGGGAUAGCAGUAUGAACUUAGAUAUUUCAGACCUAAAGAAUGACAAUUAUAGUUGUCUGUCAUGAUGGCACGAUUCUAUUUCUUCUUCCAAAUCCAUGAUUUAAUUGUGUCAUUAUGCCGAGCACAUCUUUAUUGUGACAUUUCAAAUGACUACAGCAAAAGUAACCGACAACCCUGCUGAUGAGUUGGUGGCUGUGCUCAACAAAAAUAGAACUGCACACAAGGAGUCAUCCCUCUAUGAUAAUCCAGGCCUGGCGUGCAUUGCUUUGCAGUAUAUAAAAGCAUAUGAAGGCGACUGUAGUGCUGUAGGAGGGACAGAUGCCAAGAAACCUCCUGAUUCUUCAUUUGCAGACACUUUUGCCCCCAACUGUGGUGUUCUUGCGUCAUCCCUCUCUCAAAUUACUGGUCGUUUUCUAGGUUGCCACUCAUCUUAUGUCGAUGCUUCUAAAGCUUUUUCGGAUAUCCUGAUGGAAAACAGCAAAAGCUUAGAUAUUCUAUACAGUAAGAAUCACACCGAAGUUGGGGCUGCUGUGACUGGUACCGAUGGUGGGUCUCCCUAUUUCUGGUGUGUCUUGUUUAGCAAUGGCAAACAUAAUGCAAGCUUUCUUUUUGAGGAUGGUGUGGCUAAAAUAUCAAGGCCUGGAUGUUUUAGCGGCGCUAACGAUGAAUGCAGUGGUGUCGAUGAUUUGCAUCAACCCCAUCGUCUAUGGCCAUAUGCCAUUACAGCUUUGAUUGCAGUGGCUUAUGGGUUUGGUUUAUGAUCUUGUUUAGAAGAAUCCCACUUGUUUUUUUAGGCCUCUUUAAUGUUGUUGUAUUUGGCCUCUGUAAUUUGUUCUAUAUAUCAAUUCCAUUGUAUGCAAAUUCAUGUCAUUCAUUUGUUCUAGUAAAAUUCUUAAUGUAUAAUU